AUGACUCCCAGGAAAUUCAGUAGCUUGAAUUCAAGCGUUUCUUCUACUCCAACAACAGAUAACGACCUUGCGAGCAGAGAGCCGAUCGAUAUGGAGAAGGCUCCUCAUACAAAUGGACCACCACCUACAGGUCGACCUGCUGGACCUCCUGCUGGACCCCCUGGACCACCCGGCGGCUGGCUAAUUACGCGCAUGUCGAAACAACAAGAAAUCCUCUUCAACAUUAUGGUAGCAUUCCUUCAACUUAUCCCACAAUCGACCUUGACAACAGUUUUCCCGGUCAGCCGGGACCUCGCACAGUCAUUCACCAUCUCAAACCCCUCAGUACUGCCAUGGCUUGUCGCUGCGUACGCAUUGUCAUUCGGAACUUUUAUUCUGAUCGGAGGACGACUUGGUGACAUCUUUGGCCAUAAGACGAUGGUCGUGAUCGGCUAUUCCCUCCUCAGUCUGUGGAGUGUCGUUGCUGGACUAAGUCACUAUGUCGGCUAUGAAUUGUUCUUCGUGGCAAGAGGGUUUCAAGGUCUUGGUGCGAGUCUGAUGGUGCCAAACGGUCUCGCGCUGCUAGGUCGAACUUAUCCACCGGGAUCCAAGAAGAAAAUCCUCUCCUUCACGCUAUUUGGUCUAUGUGCACCAGUGGGAGCCUACCUGGGCAUGAUCUUUGGAGCGUUGUUCACCAAGUUCGCAUCCUGGUGGUGGAGCUUCUAUACUCUCGCCAGUGUUUCUUGUUUCCUGGCAGUAGCCGCCUCUGUUAUAUUGGUCUCUCCACCACCGACUCCAAAGCAGAUGCUACCAGUCAAGGAGAAAUUGCGGGAUAUGGACUGGCUUGGGGCCCUCACCGGUGUUGGUGGCCUUAUUUGCGUCCAAGUCUCUCUUGUCUCUGCUCCGGCCUCGGGGUGGAGUACCCAGUACAUUUUCAUGUUGCUGAUCAUCGGCCUCUUGCUCAUCGCCUUCUUUGUUAUCACGGAGCUCAAGAUUGCCGAACAACCACUGGUACCAUUCAAGAUGCUCAAGGCAGAUGUUGGGUUUGUCCUUGGCGCCGUCGCAUGUGGAUGGGCCACGUUUGGAAUAUGGACAUGGUUUCUGUGGAGGUACCUCCUUGGGAUUAAACAUGAGACUCCUCUUGGUGCUGCAGUGAAAGUCCUGCCUAUCGUGCCCGUUGCUUUGAUUGCUUCGGUGUUGACGGCUUGGAUGAUGCGGAAAUGUCGGCCCUCGUGGACUCUCUUUUGGGCUUUGGUGGCUUUCGCAUUCGGACCGCUGCUUCUGGCAGCCGACUCGAAUAUUGACAAGACGACCUACUGGAGCUGGACAUUCGCCAGCCUCAUUGUCAUGCCUUUUGGCAUGGACAUGUCCUUUCCGGCAGCGACAUUGAUCAUGUCCAACUUCUUUCCUCCUCAACAACAAGGUGUUGCCGGGAGUCUCAUCAGUACGGUUGUCAACUACUCCAUUUCUCUCGGUCUCGGCCUUGCCUCUACCGUCGAAGUUCACGUGAACAAUAAUGGAAAAGAUCCGCUUGCCGGCAUUCGCGGUGGCUGGUUCAUGGGCGUGGGCCUUGGUGGCUUGGGAGUCAUCAUCUGCAUUGCCUUCGUCGUCAAAUCUAUUCUUCAUCCCACCCCGAAGGCGCCUCUUGGACCGCCGGCGCGGCCUCCCCCCGAUACGAUCAUGCCAAUGACUGCCCCGAGACCUGAAAAUCAACGGAAGGCAUCACAGGCUGCUACCAUCUCGAGCCUUGCAACAACAAUGGUUCCUGACACUGCUGCGCAUUUGAGCCUCAAGCUGAACGAGAUCGAGCCAUUCAACUUCGAGAGCAUGCCAGGAUCUACGACCACAUCCGCCGUUACCUCACCACAAUCCCCAUCAUUCAGCACAUCACCUAAUCUCAUCUCGAGCUUCCCCCCUCCUGCGCAAUCCAAGCCCAAGGUCAACAUGCUACAUCGAAUAUCAAAAGAUGUCCACUUGAAACGCUCGGGCAAGGACAACACUGCGGAUUUUCAUUCUCGUUCAAAUUCGCAGACACUUCUUGCUGGUUCCACGGCGCAAUCCCCGAUAUCUGCUUUCCCGAUGCCAGCGGAACUAGAUCCCGUAUACCGUGUCCGCGGCAGCUUCGAAAGCGAGACCAGCGCUGAAGGGCGAAGAGAGCGCUGGGAAUCGAUGGCCCGCCAAACUGGCGGCACUAGGAGGCCUAGCCAGCCAACUGAAUGCGGGUAUCCUUAUGGCACAGGGGCCGGGCUCGCUCUCCGGGAUCCUGACGGGUUUGACUACGAUACCAGACCGGUGGUACCCAAGGGUAUGAUGGGCGAUAAAUUCUGA